CCUAAAUUUGACAAUGAUGGGUUUCAAAUAGUUUCUUCAAAAAAAUCUUUUAAAAAUAAAUCGACGAAAGUGCCCCGACAACCGUCUGAUUUUUGUGUACAAAAUAUUGAUAUCGAUUUGAUCAAGGCUCAAAGGUCUGAAUCAUGGCAUCUAUCACAUCGAAACCAGCAUUAUCAACAUUGAGGCAAUUGCUUUCGGAGUUAAGAAAGCAAAGCUCAUCUUCAAAAUUAGCUGAAAAUCAAAUGGCAAGGUAUGUCUUGAAUGAAUACCGAAAAUAUCAAACAACUGACCAACAGCUUUGCAAGGCAGCGGAUGAAAUGCAUUUUAAAGCCAAGAGCUACUGUGAAUAUCUUCAGAAUUCUCGCCUAUAUAAGGAAAUCAAUGUGGAAUUUAAAGGCAAGGGAGAGAGGUCUGUGGAGGACACUGCAAGAAUGGUUGGGUUUAAGCUACCCCAUGAUCCUAAGUAAUUGAAUAAAUUAAUUUAUGUAUAGAUACUACUGCAGUACAAAUUUAUUAUAAACCAUCUACACCUCUGAACUAGGUUACAAAUCUUAAUAAAUCCCACACUAUUGAUUGUCUUCUUCCAUUAUUUGAUAUUUGAUAACAAAUCAUGAGUGUAAUUAAAUGUUUGAAUAAAAUAAGAAUCAUUUCUUAAGUCACAAUUUGAAGAUACACUGAAUAAAUCAUGUUUUAGUUUAGUCAAGUUAUUUUGAGUGAUAUUUGAAAUUAAGAGUUGUUAAUAAUUAAUGUAAAAUAAAACAAACUUUA